AUAGCUGUCACCCAGUUUCAGGAUCAAACACACACACACACAGAGUCAACGAGGAAAACGGCUUUGAGAGCCGAAGGGACGGAGUGGUCUCAGGUAAACCCCCACCGCCACCUCUACUUUCUUUUUUUAUAUCAAGAUUCACAACAGGGACCAAGAGAAGAGAGACCAAUAUAAAACAUAUUUUAAAAAAGAAACUUGAUGAAUAAGGAUUUUCCCCCCCUGGGAUACACACUGAACGGACGAAAAACAGAGGAAUUACUGGGCAUUUUACAAACGGAGAUGAAGACGAAAAAAGGUCUGACAAUGCUGUCGGGGAGCGAAACGGAUGACGAGGAUAGCGUUGACACCCCCCUGGAUCUGUCCUCGAGCGCCGGGAGCAACGGGAAGAGGAAACGGAGAGGGAACCUGCCCAAAGAGUCGGUCCAGAUUCUUAGGGAUUGGCUGUAUGAGCACCGUUACAAUGCUUACCCAUCAGAGCAGGAGAAGGCUCUUCUCUCUAAGCAGACUCAGCUCUCCACGUUGCAGGUGUGUAACUGGUUUAUCAAUGCCCGGCGACGACUCCUCCCAGAGAUGCUGAGAAAAGACGGCAAAGACCCCAACCAGUUCACCAUCUCCAGGAAAGGGAGCAAGGCUGGUGACAGCUUCUCUGACAGCUCCCAGUCCCCGAAACACAGCAGUCCUGCUGCGGGCGCAGAGGAGGCCUGUGACAAACGCGCCCUCCACCCUUCCAGCUUCGACCCUAGCAUUCCCAGCGUCCUGAGGAAGCCCGUGUCCCACUCCAUGUCCUCUCCAGUCUCCUCGUCUCCCUCUCCUGGCCUCAUUCCAAACCGGCCCUCUGUCAUCUGUCACACCACUGUCACCACAGCCAUGCAGGCCAGCCCGACAGCCUCCCAUCCUUCAGCGCCAGGAAUGAACUGCGACAGGGCGGCCGAGCUGUUGCAGUCCGUGCAGGCUCAAGCGAUGUUCCGGUGCCGGGAUGAGGGGCCGCUCUCUGCCACCACCACCAUUCUCAGCAGCACCAGCAUGGAGGGCAACCUCAGCCCCCGCAGCGGCCUGUUCAACACCCCUCCCCCAACCCCUCCAGACCUCACACAAGACUUCAGCGGCUUCCAGCUCCUGGUGGACGUGGCCCUCAAACGGGCUGCAGAGAUGGAGCUGCAAGCCAAACAGCUGGUGUCCUAAAGGAGAAGCGGGGGAGGGGGAGGAGACUGACUUUGCGUCUCGAAUGUGGAUGGAACUCCUCAGUUCAGUGACUUUUUUUUUCUGCACGCAAGAAAGAACAAAACCACAUGAAAGCCUGAUCAUUUCUAUUUUUGGUAUACCAAUCGACAUGAUGAGGAUGUUUUUUUUUUUGUUUGUUUUUUUUAAUUUUAAAAAAACUGUAUCAAGGUGCCUUGGCUGUAAGAUUAGUCAUUUCAUAUACAUGCGUAUGUAUCUACAUGUGUAUUUUAUUUGCACACAGGGACCAAAAAUGUUAUCAAAGAAAUGCUGCCUGUCUUUAUGUCUUUGACUUGUACUGAAUAUCGCCAUAGAGGGAUGGAGCAAGAGCUGGAUGAUUCAGACGGGUCGCGUCCACACUCAUUUACGGUUAAAAACAUUUCAGAGUUCCUGAUUGCUCUGCCUCAUUCAUUUGCACACUAAAGGCAGAAAAAAGGUCAUCUCAGUGUCUUACACUUUGCUCUUGGCAUCGAUGAAAAACUUAUUCACUACUGUAGUUAAUGUUUAACUGUUUUCAUAAGUAUAGUUAUGAUUUUUGUCAUUUACUUUUAGCUAAUUUUAAAAUGAACUUUUUUUUAUACUCUUAUUUUCAUACCAAGGGAUAUUUUUCAUAUGAUCAAUGUAGCAGGUUCUUAGACUGAGCCUUCACCCCUCACCAUCACUCAGCGAAAACAACGGCCAGUGGACUGUAAAGUUAAACACUACAUAUUGCUGUUUUACAAACUGAAAGACUUUUUUUUUUUAUUAUUUUGAAAUCACCAAAAACAAACAUUUUCACCUAUAAUAGGAUCAUGUGUACAAUUGAUGUGACACAAUGCCCAAUGAUGUGAUUUCUUUUCAUACUGUGCAAUGUUUGUGGCAAAAAGUGGUCACAUGGGAUUCAAAUAAAGUUUUGUUUUUUCUAAA